AUGGGCAUAGCUGGUACCAGUAUUAGCAGAUCGGUAAUUAGACUGUCAUUUGCUCAGUGGUAACUAGAAAUUUAAUAUCCGCAACCUCACAUCUCCUCCUGCAACACACGAUUCUGAGCUGGAAGAAGAGCGUCCACUGGUGACCACAGCGCACAGGACAUGGCGAUUCUGCCGCACAUUCUGCUCCUCAGCCUCUUCAUUCUGACACCGAUCGCAACAGGUCUGACUUAUGAAAGGCCGCUAGUGAUCACGAAAUAUGGAACACUACGGGGCGUUACGUUGCCAGUAAAGGAAACAACCAAAACCGCUGACGCAUUUUUGGGAAUCCCGUUUGCAGAACCUCCAGUCGGACCUCUGAGACUUGCUAACCCGAUGCCUCCUGUGCCCUGGUACUCUGUUAGAGACGCCUCUAAGUAUCCCAACAUGUGUUUACAGGUAGACAUGCCUCCGAAUAACCCCUCCUUACAGCUGCCCCCGAUGUCGGAGGACUGCCUGUACCUGAAUGUGUAUACUCCAACCCACAGACACAGGAACUCCAAAUUACCUGUCAUGUUCUUUAUACACGGUGGUGCGAUGGUGUUGGGGACGGCCAGUACAUAUGAUGGUUCUGUACUUUGCACCUUUGAGGAUGUAGUGGUUGUGGCCACAAAUUACAGGCUGGGGAUGCCAGGAUUGCUCAGUACUGGAGAUAAGCAAUUGCCGGGUAAUUAUGCGUUAAUGGACCAAGUUGCUGCCCUCCAAUGGGUACAGGAAAACAUUGCAGAUUUUGGUGGUGACCCCAAGUCCGUCACUAUAUUUGGUGAAUCUGCCGGUGCGAUGUGCGUCACCGCUAUUAUGCUCUCUCCCUUAGCCAAAGGUCUGUUCCACCGCGCCAUCGCAGAGAGUGGAUCAGUAAACAACCCAAGCUUUAUAGCCAGCAGCCCUGAAGACCUCGUCCCCUCUCAGAAGUUAGUAGCGAACAUAUCAGGCUGUGAUCUCGCCUCCAUAGCCGACUGUCUGAAGAAGAAAUCGGAAAAGGAGUUUCUCGCUAUUGCCCAAACAUUGGGCAUGGAAGCUUUUCUUGUAUCAGUGGACGGGGUUUUUCUACCUAAACCAGUAAAGGAGAUGAUGGCUAACAAGGAAGGAAACAAGGUCCCGUUUGUCAUUGGAGUUAAUAGUCAGGAGUAUGGCUGGGCACUUUUACAGCUGUUUGGUAUAACAGGGUUAACAGAAGGAAUGACAAGGGAGACAAUGAUCCAGAAGGUCCAAGAUGCUAUACCGGGUCUGAGUCCUGACGCCAUCUCUCUCAUUGUUGACGAGUAUAUUGGUGGAACGAAUGAUCCACUGAUAAUUCGUGAUCGCUUCUUGGACAUGUGUGGCGAUUACAAGUUUGUUAUAAAUGCUAUUAAGUUUGCCAAUUACUAUCGAGAUCUUGGGCUUCCCGGCUACUUUUAUGAGUUUCAGCACCCACCAUCCCAUAAAGCUCGCGAAAGGCCAUCAUUUGUGAAGUGCGAUCAUGGGGAUGAGAUCUUCUUUGUGUUUGGAGGAGCCUUCCUGAGGAACGAUACAUUUUUUGCUGGACCUGCAACCCCUGAAGAGAAAGUCCUGACCAGGGAGGUUAUGAAAUACUGGACAAACUUUGCUCGGACUGGGAACCCCAAUAGUCCCGACCUCCCAACAUGGCGGCAGUACGGCACAGAAGAAAACUAUAUGGGGAUUAACUUAAAGAUGAAUUUGUCUUCAAAGCUGAAGGCGAGAGAGUACAAGUUCUGGACUGAGACCCUUCCAGAGAAAAUCCAGAAAGAGUCUGGAGGUGAUCGCACAGAGCUGUAGAUCCUGACAUAGAAGCUUCCUACACAUGGAAGAACCAAUCAGCGAGAGGAGUUACAAUGCAGAAAACAUUCUGUCAUUUGUCAAAUUCUUAAUAAAGCUUACUUU